UGUUCCAUUAAACGUUUCAAGGUUUACUAUAUAAAACUAAGUCGGAAAUUAGAAUCCCCAAUUUGAUUCGUGAAGCAAAACAACUCCCACAAAUUCUUGAUUCUCAUUAGGGUUUUCAUCAAUCCUUCAAGUACUAUUGAUUGUUGUUAGUUUUAUCGUUAAUGGCUGGAAGAGAAGUUCGAGAGUAUACCAAUCUUAGCGACCCUAAAGAUAAGAAAUUUGGGAAGGGUAAGGAUAAAAUUGAUGAUGAAGACGUUACGUUCCAACGCAUGGUAGCCAAGAUGCAGGAGGUUGCUGGAGAAAGAGGAGGUUACCUUCACGGGAGAGGCGCUUUGGACAGCGAUGACCUGCUCUACCUCAAGGAACAGAUGGAAGCUGAAGAGGAUGCUGAACGCAUGUUACGUCGAACUGAGAAACGGGCAUUUGCUGCAUUUAAAAAAGCUGCAAGUUUAGCAGACUCUGGGCCUGCGCCAGUGCCUUUGCCCCUUCGUGUUGAACCGAAGCCGAAAAGUGGGAUCAGGCAACAAGAUCUCCUCAAAAAGAUUGUCGAGAUUAGACCUAAGCGACACAGAGUGUCUAGCCCAUCUAGUGCAAAUCAACCUGCCGCAGUUUCAAGUGGCCAACCUUCUACAAACGAAAGAAUCGAGCACAAGAUCGAGAAAGAGCUCCCUCCUUUAAAGCCUAAUAAUGAAGAAAAAGCAGAGCCUAAACCAGAAAAUCCUGUCAGGAGCCUAUUAGGUUUAGCUUAUGAAAGUUCUGAUGACGAAGAAGACUGACUACUGAACAUGUGCAUAUGGAUCUCGUAGUGCAUCGUAAGGCACCUGAUGAACUUGUUAAUGACCUUACUGCUCCAACAUUUGCGACUGGGAAGCUCUGGUCACGAUUGUAUCGCGGGCUUGCCACACGCCUUCCUGUCUGCCUGAAAGAUGCCCCAUUGAUGAAUCUAUCCCUCACAGAACUCCAAUUCCAUGACUGGCUUCUGCCUAAUCCGUCCUGCCUCCAUGUCACCUGUAUUAACUUAUUUCUUUAGUUGGUUAACAAAAACUCUGGGUUGUAAAAUGCUUCCAGUUAAAGGGCUAUCAUCAGUCAAAUUUUCUUUUAGUUCUACAGAUAAAAUUUAACAAUAUUCAGACCUCUUUCUUUCCUUUUGGUGCGAUGAAAAGAUUGGCUUCACUCUUUA